GCUGAAAUCAACCGGAGAGCAUUGGUGAAGGCAGCUCUCUUUGCAUACACCAACGCGUGGAAGUAGUCCCAGCUGCUGACGCCUCUCGCAUCCAACUGGACUGCAUUGGUGAAGACAGCUCUAUUUUGCACACACCAACACCAAGGAGCAAUCAACUUUGCACACGUGCACGCUGCCGACGCUGCCGACAGCAUUGCACCAUGAUGCGCAUCUUGCUGGCAGCACUGCUGCUCCACACAACUCAAAGUCUAGCACCGCCGGCGCAAGCCUUGAGGACCCUCGCGAAGACGAGCGGCGACGACGUCCGCGGCAUCACCUCCCCCGAAGCGGAGAACGCGUUGCUACCGGAGAGCGCGUAUUUUGUGGGAUUGGGGUUCCGCGCGUGGCUCGGCGACGAGCAGACGCCCAUUUUUGUGGGGAGGGACCCGCGCGCGUCGUCCGAUGAAAUCGGUGAGGCGUUCUGCCGCGGCGCGUCUGCUUUAGAUGCGGGCCCGGCCACGACGCCGGCCAUGCUCGAGAGUUUGCUACGGGGCGGCUCCAAGGCCUGCGGCGCGUGCAUGGUCACCGCCUCGCACCUCCCGAAAGAGUGGAACGGGCUCAAGCUCUUCUCGGCCAAGGAGCAGCGCGGAUUGAACAAGAAAGAAGUGAAGGAGGUCCUGGGCCUGGCGGCGGACCUCGCGGACAUGAUGCAGCCUGUUGAGGGUGACAUCGCGAGUGCCGAGCUGUGUGGAAAUCAACCAGUGCGUCGGGUGCGGAACCGGCAUCGAGCAGGCGUCGCGUCGAUGGCGUGAAAUUUCGAUUUCCACACAGGUGCUGAGGCCGGUUUCAUGGACGACUACGUCGAGAAGCUGCGACAAACCAUCAUCGAAACGUCGGGGAUCUCGACAACACCGUUGAAAGGACUGAAGGUCUGCGUCAACCCGGGCAACGGCGCGGGCGGCUUCUUCGCUACUAGUGUAUUAGCGCCGCUCGGCGCCGACGUGUCGUCUUCUAUCAAUUUGGAGCCGGACGGCGCCUUCCCGAACCACCCGGCGAACCCCGAGGACAAGAAGCAUGUUCAGGCGACGAUCGACGCCGUGGCGGCAUCGGGCGCGGACGUCGGCGUCAUGCUGGAUUGUGAUGUGGACCGGUGCGGCUUGAUCGACGGGACCACUCCAAAGCCGGAACCGGUCAACCGGAACCGAUUGGUCGCGUUGGCGGCGCAGGUGGCGCUCGAGGAUGGUAAUGGGGUCAUCGUGACCGAUCCUGUGACCUCCGGGGGCAUGACGCAAUUCAUUGAGGAGCGGGGCGGUACGCACGAUCGGUUCAAGAUGGGCUAUCGGAACGUGAUUGAUCGGGCGGCGGAAACUAAACCGGAGCCUGCGUUGUUGGCUAUUGAAACAAGUGGACAUAGCGCGUGGCGGUCGAAUAAUUUUGUGGACGACGGCUGCUACACGGCGGCGAAGCUGCUUGGGAGGUUGGCAAAAGCUAGGGUUGCGAAUCCUAGUUGUGGGUUGUUGGACUUGCUCGGUGGUUCAUUAAAGGAGCCGGCGGAGUCGAUCAAGGUCAAGAUGCCCGUCUCAAGUCUGGAGAAGGUGCCCGAGGCUGAAAUCAAACUGUGCGACGCGCUGAAGGCGUGUGAGACCGCGACUGCGUCUUGGCGAAUGGAGCCGGUCAACCACGACGGCCUCCGCUGUUCAGUGGGCGACGGCGACUGGCUCAUCGCGCGCGCGUCGCUCCACGAGCCCGUCGUGUCCUUGCAGAUGGAGGCCGACGACGCGGGCGGGACGGCGGCGAUCUGCGCGGCGGUGCUGCCCUACCUCCAGCCUUUUGAGGAGGACAUCGAUCUGGCGGAGCUCGAGGCCGUCGCUAAGUCUAACUAGUA